AGAUAUCUGGCUCGGUUUUUAAGUGACAACUGUACAAGUGCAUUUUAGGGUCAUCUAGACCGCUGCGUACAACUAAGGUUCCACCCACUUCCAGUCUUAAUCUCUAGGUUUUUUUCAUUUUUGACUUGUAUUGCCACUGAUUAAUGUCCCAAGUUUUGGGGAAACUCCCGAAGUCAAAUGACCUUCACCAAUGUUUGUGGAAAUUUUGGAGCUUUUGUGCCAUUUCCCCAAAGUUCACUAUAGCUGCUUCCCCAAAUUUGGGAGCUCGAGGUCUGUUAAUUUCCUUACUGAGUGUAUGUGGGUUUUGUGCUACCACUGUGCUGUCAACUAUGCUUCAUUUCCAGCUCAGUCCGCGGACUACUCCGCACUCCCCUUUAAUACCGAAGUGCCUACAGGCGGGACGUGAACCGUUACAAUGUGAUGAAAAGUAAAACCACACUUGUAUAUUGCCUAAAACGCUUGAAGAAAGCUGCAGCUUUAUUCAAGAAAUGGUUCUCAUGAGAACUAUUAAUUAAUACUAUGGAGUACAAAUGAUUACAAGCACUUCACUCUGUCCUUGAAGACUGUAUAUGACCAAUUUUAUGUAAUUGUCUCGACCCCAGAAUCCUGACUUUUAGUUCUGAAUGUUGUAUAUAAGCUAAUUAUAGAGUUUCUCCCAUAUUAUCGCAUGAAGUUCAUGAAUGAGUAUGACUACGUACUAAUAUAUGUUCGUAUUACCACGCGUGCUAUUUAAAAAGGACUGGUAUUUUCUUUCGCUGGGUUGGUUUUCUUGGUUUUACCUUUUACUACGCAUCAAGACUACUGUUUUCGUUUUAAUUGGGAUUAUUUUAAAGUAAUCUCCCAAAGUACUUUUUUUUAAAAGUAAUCUACCAACUGUACUUUUGAGUACAUUGGUAGUUCUUGUAUUUGAUUCUACGCUUGGUUUAACAAUUCAGUUCACUUUUCUAUAGUGAUCACUUCCUAUUGUCUCUGGGUAUUGUUUGUGUGCAGUUUCUUUUUUAAAACCUCUGACUGACAACUGGGCAGUGUAAAAAAGCAAUUAUCAACUCUCAAACUGUCUAUACCCUGUGCAAACCAUCAUGCAGUGCAAUGAGUGCAAAUGAUAAUAUCACGAAUCUAACGCUUGUAGUUUUCGAAGGGUUUAGUAAAAUUAGUUGCAUUUGAUUUUGUCAGCAAUGCUGUUUGGACGCGAAGCCAUUGCAAAGGUGAUUGCUGCUAAAAGGAGUAUUAACAAGCGUAGUUGAGACAUUAAGUGGUACUCUCUCGGUCGACAUACAAAUUGAUGUAAAGUUACCUUAAAUAAAUUCAGAGUCGAUUAACUUACGCGGACUGAAGGAGGGAGGAUAGAAUUCAAAGAGGUCUGUUAGAAAUAAAAGCUCAAAAAAGGAAGUUUUUCUGCUCCUCGCCCUCCAAAUGGCAGCGGACAAAAACACCUGGAGAACCAAUCGCAAGGCUAGGUCUAUUUCUAGCGAGAAAAACAACAACCUAACUACCUAAGUUAUCGACAGUUAUCCAGGAUACUGUAACACGACUGUAAUUGCUACUCCAAUGAAUGUAGAUGAAUGGGUAAAGAUCAAUCAUAAAAAAAUGACUUAAUGUUGCUAAAGAAAAGUUUGUCCCUGAAAUAGCAGCUGAGAAAUUGAAGACUGAUCAUAUUGAAAGGUCAGUUGUCUUCAAUAGAGUCAAGGAAAGUGAAAGCUCAGAACCCAUAACUCGUUUUGAGCAUAACAUUGAGUUGGUAAAAUACGUACUAAACUAGCUAACGCCUCAGGAUAUCUCCAAAGUCACCUUAUUAAGGGUUUAUAGACUGGGUAGCCAAAUGGACUUGAAACAAUUAAACCAGGCUUCUAAAAGUAUUAGUGAAAGGAACUUGAUACUACGGUGGUCUUUAGUGCUGUUAGAGAUAUGAGGGCGGAUGCCCACACCGUGGAAGGGUUGUUCUGGAGGUACCUGAAAAGGAAAUUUGAUUAGAGAUGGUCUUAAUGAAUGGAAUGGACAUAAACUAAAGGGGUCAGGAUUUUUGUCCGCAAAGAAUUACUGCUCGCGGACCAUAUAAAAAGAUGAGUUGAGAAAGAAGUAAAACUAGGGUUGGAUGGUGGCAAGAAUGACCUUAAAAUUGUAAAUUUUCGGGUGGUGAGGCUCUGAAGCCACUUUGGGUGCAUCAUGGAGCCAUUUAAAUGGUCCUCAAAUCUGUUAUGCAAAUGUCCGGAGCUACAGAUAGACUCUACCAAGCCAGAAACUUGGCUGCUGCAGUCUAUAGACAGUAGGGGACUAGUAGUAGCUCCAUUCAUUCGAAAUACUAUCCCAUCUGUCGUUAUUGAUAACAUGUCCUAUAGAAGUGGGACGUACUUAUUAGUUAAUUGCCACUUGAAAUACAAAAGGGAAGAGUCGCUGAUUGUUUUUAGUCUACCGAAGUUCAAACUUAAGUGGGUAAAGUCUUGUUAGACGGUUUCAGCUCUUGGUCAUCAAGUGAUCGGUGUUUAAUCGUAGGAAACUUUAAUGGACCUACGGUAGACUUGAAAAAUCUGAAGACUGAACCGUCAUAAAAUUAUUUCGAAUAGAAACUCGUUGACCAGCCCGGCCAUUAAGACCAAAGUCCUCCAGUGAAACGGCUUGGAACGCACCCAGAAAUUCGUACAUAAAAGUCACUGCACCACAUAUCCCUUGAACUACACCAAGGGGUCUGAGAAACUCCACCGUGGUUCAGUUAAAAGAUUUGCACCCUUCACUAUAAGAGGGGAAAAAUAUCGCUGCUGACAAGACAAUCUCAAUAUUGGGAAGCUCGAAAUAUUUAUGCCUCGACCCUCCGCAAGUCUACAAGCUUAUAAGAAGAAAAGCUUGAUAAGGAAUAUUUUUUCGCGAAUCCCUUAAGCACAUGUUUUAAUCUAUCUGUAUCCCAGGGUGGAUUACCAAAAGGCUGGAAGAAUGUCAUAGUAAGUCUUGUUUUCAAAACAGGUGCAAGACAUAAACCUGAGGAUUAUUGACCCGUAAGCCUAACCAGCGUGGCUGUUAAAAUUUUAGAGAAGAUUAUUCAGAAGGAAUUGUUUAAGUACCUCGACGAAAACCGGAUUCUUUCUGAAAAGCGACAUGACUUUAGAACAGGUAAUUCAUGUUCCACUAACUUAUUAGUAGCCUGUGAAAGUUGGUACGCUCUUAAAUACCGAAAUUUACUCAUAAACGUAGCUUACAUUGACUUCAGCAAGGCUUUUGGCAAAGUUCCUCACAACUGGCUGUCAUAUAAGUCAAGUUAUAUCGGGGUUAGAGGCUUUUUAUUUAUAUAGAUAAGGGACUUCCUAGUUGGACGUCAACAAAGAGUACGGGUGAACUCGAAAUUGUCUAGCUGGGAAACAACUUAGUGGAGUGCUUCAUUGUAUAGUUUUGGGACCAGUGUUGUCCCUCCUCUAUGAAAUAACCUUCCUAGUCUCUCAUUAUCGGUCUUGUUAUAUGCUGACGAUGUCAAGAUAUGGAGGGAUAAAAAGUAAAGGUGAUAGUUCGGCGCUUCAAAAUGACCUGGAGAAAUUAUCUGAAUGGUCUAAAAUUUGUCGGUGGUCGAUACAUACACGAUGGAUAACAGUGAGCUAUCUGUCGUUCAGUCACAUUAACUUGAAAGUCAUCGUUAGCAAAAACUUAAAAACUACCGCACACUGCCAUGCGAUAGCCGGGGAAUCUUAUGGUCAAUACGCGGGACCUUUAGCCGUGUCGAUACUAAAACCCUUUUGACUUCGUAUACAGUAUUCGUUCGUAAUAAACUCGAGUACUGCAUACAAGCAGCUAUCCCUUGCCUAAAAGCAUACAGUGAGCUCCUGGAAGAGGCUCGAAGAACUGCAACUAAGCUGACUCCCGGAAUAGCAAAUCUCCCGUAUGAUGCUCGAUUGGUUAAAAUAAGCCUACUUACAUUAUCGUGUAAAAGAACCAGAGGCGAAUCGAUCACAGCUUUCAAAUUACUGAAUGGUAAAUUUGCAUCUGAUAUGCCCUCAUUUUUGUUGUCUUUCAAAACAGAGAAUUUACGAGGACAUUAAAAAAUUCACAAGCCCAGAACAAAUUACUUGUCAGUUGACUAUCGACUUUCCCAUGGAAUCAUCAACGAGUGGGAUUUAUUACCUCAACACGUGGUCGACGCUUUCAAGAUAAAGUUUAAUCAACUGAGAGAUCACCAUUGCCAGGACUAACAAAGGCCACUUAGCCUCCUAUUCUUUUCGGACCAAAAGACUCCAACCCUUAACCUAAUUAUCUGAGCCUAACUAAGAAAAAUAUGAGGAAUCUUGGAAGUCCGUUUAGGCCUUUCAAAGGGUUUGAGAAGAUAGACGGUAUCCACUGGGACGAGUUUAUCGUUAUGGGUGGAGUAACCGUAAGAAAAAAUCAAUAGACUUAUUAAUUAGAUAACAUUGGCUAACACUUUGCAAUAUUGCUGUUGAAUUUUCCAUAAAUUAUCCACAUAUAAGGUCUUUUCCGAUUAGUCAGGAACUGAUUGACUACUCGUUGCGGUUGUUUUAAGUUCAUUCGGAAAGUAUAUUUUAAUUAGUCAGGCUUACUGUACAGUUACACAGAUAAUAGCUCCAUAUAAACAUGACUAAAAGCUCACUUCGAAGAACGUAUUAAUUGUUUGUUACUUCUCUUUACUUACGUGCUUACCGUUUAUUACUACAAAAAGGUACAUGAAGACAAUUAUUUGUAUUUACCAGGUUAGCCCUAAAUUUAAGUAAAACUUUAAUCCAAAGUUUUCGUAGUACCUUGAAUCGAUAGCUUUUUUGUCAGUCCGCCAUUGCUAGGAUUUCUUCUACUGAAUACUAUUCUUUUGUUUUGUCGACUUUUGAAUAUUAAAGCUGAUCCGGUUAAAAUGAUCCCUUACAUAAGAGUAGAAUUUCUGAAUUGUUGACACUACUAGAAUUAGAAAGCAAACUACAAUAAAUUAAGAGUAAAAGUGGGAAUUUUGGCUGCGUUUACAUUGAAAAAAUCAAUUGUCGUUGAAUGCUAAAUCAAAAAUAUUAACUGAAACUUAGCUAAUGGUGUUCUCGUUUUCACGCUUGUUGUAGCUUAUGUCAUAAUCCUCAAUGAUGUAUCUACCUUGGUUAGUUACGCUUAAUCCAAUCUAUCAAUUUGACCUUUAGAAGUUCAUGAUUUGUUUCCGAAUUUCACAUGUUUACACUGAGCCACAAACCAUCUGUUUUAAUGGCUUAAAUGAGCUGAUCCAGCUAUAAACAGUAUUCCAUCACUCAUUUGUCCAUAUCGGAUAUCCGUUUUGGCUACUUAGUCUGACGAUCCCUUUGUAAGUUUUCGAAUUUAGGCGUCGGUGUGCUGUAGGGAGCACGAAAAUAACCACUAAAAUUAUAUAGGACAACCUUCAGUCAUAUCUUUUUAGAAGAGUUUUAAAAUAGUAUCACUAAUCAUAUACGAUCUUUUAUGGAUUGAUGACAGAUCUAAAAUCCACUUCGUUUUUAUAUUGAACCACAACACGGAUCAACAACCAUUUUUAAAUCAAUAUGGUCUUGCUAAAUACUAAAGCUUGGAAUUAGUCCAGUACGUACUGAAGUACUAUUAACAUCUUCAAGAAUGAUUUCUAAGCAUCAGCAGCAUUGUAUAUAUGUACCUUAGAAACUAGUUAAGAUCUAAGUGUCACAAGACUUCAAAAAUGAUGGAUAGGUUGUCUAUUUUAUGGCCAUUUAAAUCAUAAGUGUUAAACAAAGAAUUUCGUAUGAUUAUAUUUUAUAAGUGUACCUUGACAAACUUAAGCUCUAAGCAUAUUAGUUCGUCGAUUCAAAUUUUCACUUGUAGGAAUUAAAGUAGGUUAAAACUGGCCUAAAUAAUAAAAUCAGUGGAUUUUCUAAACUAUAAAGAAGUGAAUUAAUAUCCACCAAUCAUUAGGAUAAUCCAUUAAUAAGGAGAAAGCUACUCAUAUGUGUCGUUGAAAUUUACUUUAGGUGAGAUUACUCAGUCUAAAACCAGAUUCUCUCGUGAAAUGCAUUCACUACGUUAACAGUUUCUCCCUGCUAUUUAACUGUUAUUAACUUUUUAAAUUAAUAAUUCAUCUUAGUCCGAGCUUUUCCGAUAAAAUAAUCUCAGUUCAUAUAAGUUCUCAAUCUCAUCAGUUUAUUCCAUUAAAGCUCAUCACCUCCUCAACCCCCCUAUGGUUUUAUAGCCCAAUGCUUUUACCAAAGAUCAUCGAUUCUUACUGAACUUCAAGAAUCCUACAUACUGUUCCUAUAUAUACUUAGCCUUUUCAGGUGAAUUGGGUUAUCACUCAGAAGACUUGAAUUUCAAUCAUUAAGUUCCAAGUUCAGAUCCCACUCUACACACUCAGUUUGAUUUACAAUGUUGUUCCACUGUUCCUCAAAAAUAAUAAAGGUAUUCAGUUUUUCCAAAAAUGAAGGUAAUGUAAGUUGAUACCGGUUACUCAGAAUUGUGUAUUCAUGCUGAAAUUUAUUUGGUGAUCGAGACUGAUGUAAUUUACUAGAGAUGCGAAGCGCUCAAUGUGCUCAACUAUCUUAACAACCUGAAAUCAAACUUCAUAUUUCUGAAGUUCUUUGUACUUGUUAGGUGGAAAACUCAUGAUAAAAGUUUUAAGGAUUUCCCUCUGUCUUCGGACAGUUGAAUGGCUAUGUAACUCAGUAACUACUUGCGCUUUCAUGUACUAGACCAUAAUCCAUACAUUGUGAGAGUCAACUAUACAUCCUGGUUACUCAACUCUAUUAGGUGAAUUUCGAGGGUAUGGGAUCUUCAAACAACUUGGGAGGUAGAAAGUCAAACCAAUUUAAAAUGAGUUUUCUUCGCACCAAUUUAUUUAGUGUGAAUUAUGUUCAUAGACUUUCACUAUGAUUUGUGUUCAUUCAAAACUACUCAGUUCCCAAAUCAUAAUAAUUGUAAUCGACAUAUUAUUGGUAAUCUUAAAUGCAUUUUUGAAUUUCUACUGUCUUAAUCAACAAGGCUUUUUCACAACUAAACUUCUUAAUCUUCUUAGCGGAACAGGGAAGAAGAGAUUAGCAAAAGCCUCAUGCACUAUAGUGAGGUUGAAGCUAAUAAUAGCAUCUUCACUUUUACCGAAAUUUCAACAGAUAUUUUUACAUUAUAAACGAGCUGUGCUUUAAUUGUGUAAUUUGUUGAGUUUUUCCUACUUAUUUCAGAUGGACUACAUGAUAAGUACAGUCGAUAUAUUCAUUUCUUGUUAACAAAAGAAGGCCGCUCCUCAUAAUCAAUUCAUUUUUUUCUCAAUGAGGCUAAGUAAAUAUAAACUUUUAUCUUACAGAACUUUAAAACAAGUUAAUUCAGCCAUUAAGUCUCCUUUUCGUCUAUUAAAAAGACAAUUUUCAAGUCAAAUUCAAAUUUGUAUCAUUGGUAGUGGCCCAUCAGCAUUUUAUACUGCUCAGACCUUACUAAAAAACCAUCCAGGUGUGCAUAUCGAUAUGUUUGAAAAACUUCCUUCGCCUUUUGGUCUAGUCCGUUAUGGUGUUGCUCCAGAUCAUCCUGAAGUAAAAAAUGUGAUAAAUACUUUUACAGAUGUUGCUAAGAAUACACGAUUUUCUUUCUUGGGCAAUGUUUGUAUUGGAAGAGAUAUUAGACUGAGAGAAUUACAAGAAGCUUAUUCAGUCAUUAUUUGGGUUUGCUUUUAUUUUCAUAGUAUGAUAAAUUUUCUAUUUUACAAGGCUUAUGGUACUGCUGUUGAUCGGCGUUUGGAUAUUCCUGGAGAGGAUUUACCAGGUGUUUUGUCUGCUAAAGAUUUAGUAGGAUGGUAUAACGGUGCACCCAGCAACGUCAAUUUUUCUCCUGAUCUUAGCUGUGAAACAGUUGCUAUUAUUGGUAUGGGGAAUGUAGCAGUUGAUGUUGCGCGGAUUCUUCUUUCUCCAGUUGAUCGAUUAAGGUCUACCGAUAUACCAGAGCCUGUGAUUGAUUGUCUAUCAAAAAGUAAAGUUAAGAAUGUCAUUUUAAUUGGUCGAAGAGGUCCUUUACAUGUGGCGUUUACUCUAAAAGAAAUUCGCGAACUCUCAAAACUUCAUAUAACUUCAUCUCAGUCUAAAUGUUUCAUAAACUUACUACCAAAGGAUGUAUUCUCUGUAACUAUGGGGACAUCUGAUCAAAUUCAAGAGUUGUUAUCAGAACUUCCUCGCCCUCGACGUCGUUUAACAGAAUUUCUGUUAGAAAUGCAUAAUUCUUCCGAUCACAAGACGAAUCAUACAACAUACCCAGUGUAUCAUUGUAAUUUACAGUUCUUACGUUUUCCAAAAGAAAUUGUUUCUUAUGGGGAACAUCAUUCUGACAAAAAUCGUUCCAUAGUUUCUCACAUAAAAUUAGCAACAGUUAAGUUAAAUGUAAGUGUUGUAACUGUAAUAUUUAAAAGUAAAUAUUUGUGUUAUUUAUACCGACAUUUUUAUACUGAUUUAUAAUAUACUUAUAAUUCGUCUCUUCAGGUGUAAUUACAGAGCCAUGUAUUAUAUAAAAUGAUAAUUUCAUAUCACCAUUUAUUAGUUUUAAAUUUCAGUCGUAAGAAUGCAAAACGGUGAUGCGUAAAUAGCCUUUCCUUUUUAGCGACGGUCUUCCAAUACACCUAAGCAUUGCUUUAUUUCAUGCCACGUUCCCAUCAAUCUUCAUGAGUUGCACCUACAAUAUAAAAUCAAAUAAAUCAUAUGGAGUAUUGUAUGGAAGUUUAUGCAUUCAAUGUAAUAUCAUAUAACUCUUUUAGUUCGGGCUACGAAGUUCCAAGUAUAAAAUAGAUUCUAGUAAAUUAACACGAAUUGUAGAAUGCUGUAUUUAGAACUGCUUAUUCUCUCAUGUUCCAACUUGAAAGUAUACAUAUAAAAUCGUUGUCGGUGAUUUUGCGUUAGAUUCCUUAAGUUUUAUUGUUAUUAAUCGUAAAUUUAGUCUCAUCCUCCUUAAUUCACAUGCUUAAAUUAUUUAUAAUUUUUCACACUGUAUGUAAAACAGAUUUUGACAAUCUAAGCCUAUAUAAAUCUAAUGGUAAUUAAAAACUCUGAAACUUCGUUAUCGGGAACGAUGUUUUCGAUAAGAAAAUGAAUAAAAAUUUCUUAUAUUAGAAUUUAAAAAACUUGAAAUCUUUAUGUCUAUCUUCUUAAACCGAAAUGUUUCUCUCGACUUCAUAAUUACUACUUAUCAGUGAGUGUCGUCUGAAAGAGAAGUCACUGAAUUCUUGUGGUUAACGGAAUACUUGUUUCUCACCACAAAUUAUGAUCCAGUAUCUUAUUAAUGAAAACAGAAUUCAGUUUGUCAUACUGGAUUAUGAAUUAAAUUCGUUAUUAUUUCCUAACUGUUUCAUGACAGAAAGUCUGCGAAAAAAACUAUGAAUGAGCCGAACAAGAAUGAAGUUAGACAAAAUAAUUAGUUCUCCAUAUUAUCCUCUCUUAGAAAUCUGUUUUUCUUAAUAUCUGGAAAAUCUUAUUACUGAUUUCUUUGCUGAAUGCGACCAUUAGGAAUCAUUUAGAUCCAUGUUCUAUACUUGUUGAUAUCUAUCAGCAGUGUGAAUAUACGGCCCCCAGUAAAUUUCAUACUUAACUGGGCAUUGAUACAUACGUCGUUUGACGUCUUUAAUUGUUGACAGCCGUAAAAGAAGCCUGACUUAUUAAUGUAUAAUGGUUGAUUUAUGACUGACCAUCACUGUAUGUUUGAAACCUAAUACUUGUCGCUAAAUAUUAACUGAUUUUAUAGAAGGAUGUGGUCUUUGUUUACUAUUUUGCUUUACGUAACUAUCAAGGCUAUCUAGGUCUUUAUUCAUAUUCAUCUUCUUACUACUUAGAAUCUAAAGCUUACCUAUUGAAAUCAAUUUGAAGAGACGGUGCAUAGCCAUCAUUGUUGUAGCCAUUGAUUUGUGCAGACUGGUCCACUUCGAAGAUUGUCUUCGUCAUGAAGUAACACUAGACACAGAACUAUUGAAAACCAAGAGAUAAACAUAAGACAGUUGGUUCAUCUUAUCCUGGGACUUAGCAACACCUCAAAUUUUAGCGUUUCUCCAGCUGAUGGUCCGACCGGUCCUCAUCAGCAAGGUGUAAUAGACGAUACUCAACCCUUAGAAACUUUACCUUGUGGCUUAGUUGUGCGUAGUAUUGGCUACCGUGGCGUCCGUAUUGAUCCAGAUUUGCCAUUCGAUGAACAACAUGGGGUGAUUCUUUGCAAAGAUAACAAUGGACGCGUAGUUGAUCUACCACAAAUUUCAUAUAGUUUCUCUUUAAGCCCAAUGUAUUGUGCUGGUUGGAUUAAACGUGGUCCAAUUGGUGUAAUUGCUGAUACGGCUGUAGAUGCUCGUCAAACCGCUGAAACUAUUCUUAAAGAUUUGUCUGAAUUUGAAAAACGUGGUCAUGUAGAUGUAUUAAACAAACGUGGACUAUCUGUAGUCCAACGUUACCUUAACGAAAGAAAUAUACAUGUUGUAAAAUUUAAAAAUUGGGAACGUAUUGAUGAAGCGGAAAAAUUAGCCGGUCAAAUACUCGAUAAACCAAGAGAAAAAUUGACUACAAUUCAAUCUAUGUUAAAAACAGCUUUUACUGAUGUAGAACAACCUAAAUGAUCUCGCCGAUAGUUUCUAGUUGUAAUAUUCUAUUAUUUACUGUAUAAAUACCCUAAGAAGUAGGAUAUCUUUAAUAGUUUUUAUUCUCACUUCAACUCUAAAUUUGUGUAAUGCCAGUUAAAUUUCAUUAUUGCGAUAUUGUAUAAAAGAAAUCGAUUCUUAUUCUGACUUCUAUUUUACUGCAUAUGGUGUCUUCAUGAUAUUGUAUAUAGCCGAAAAUUUUUAAAGUAUUUUUGUAUGUUCAAAUUCUGUGGUAUGGGUAUAUCGUUGGUGAUAAAAUAACUAUAAUAUUUCGGCAUGGAUUACUCAAAAGUAUAAAUUGUACCCGAACAGAAUUAGAUUAUUUUUAACGUGCUUCACAGCAUACCCUAUUUGGAUUCGACUCAACAUUAAACCUUCACCAACCUAAAUAGUUAAAGCCUACGCUACCCAUAUAUAACCACCUCCUACCUCAAUAUCCCAUGUAACUCAUCUGCGAAGUACAUGAUUUUAUGAAGGGUUUUAACCACGCUUUGUAUGAAGGCUGACGAUACUACGCGGCUUCCCAAACUGAAA